AUGGAAAACACAGAUGGAGGAAAUAAAACAUCUAUAACAGAAUUCAUCCUCCUGGGAUUUGGAAAUUUCCCUGAACUGCAGAUUCUUUUCUUCCUGCUGUUCCUAGUCACCUACAUUGUAACAAUGACUGGGAACAUCCUCAUCUUGUCACUGGUUGUGGCUGAUCAGCACCUUCAGACACCCAUGUAUUUCUUCCUGGGGAACUUGUCCUGCUUGGAGGCCUUCUACACUUCUGCUAUCUUGCCCAGGAUGCUGGCCAGCUUUCUGACGGAGAACAGGACUGUUUCUGUUAGGGGUUGCAUUGUGCAAAUGUUUUUCUUUGCUUUUUUGGCAUCUACUGAAUGUUGCCUUCUGGUAGCGAUGUCUUAUGACCGGUACAUAGCAAUCUGCAAACCACUCUACUAUGUGGCCCUUAUGAAUGGAAGAAUAUGCUUACAUCUGGCAGCUGGCUCUUGGCUUACUGGGAUUCUAGCUACUACCGUCACAACAUGUUGGAUGUCACAACUGAUCUUCUGUGGUCAAAAUCAAAUCGACCAUUUUUUUUGUGAUUACACUGCAUUAAUCAAACUUUCCUGCAGUGACACCAGCUUGAUGAUUCUUGUGACCCAGGUGUUCACAGUCAUAUUGAUUCUACCCCCAUUUCUCUUGACCCUGAUGUCCUACAUGUGCAUCAUUGCCAACAUCCUGGGGAUUCCCUCCACCAUUGGGAGGCAAAAAGCAUUUUCCACCUGUUCCUCUCACCUCAUUGUUGUAAUACUCUACUAUGGAACUAUAAUCAUUGUCUAUCUGCUACCAGAAACCAACACACUGAGACCCUUAAACAAAGUGUUCUCUGUUUUCUACACAAUCUUGACUCCUCUGAUCAACCCUCUGAUCUACAGUUUGAGAAACAAAGAGGUCAAGGAGGCUCUGAGGAAGGCUCUCAAUAAGAUUCGGACCUUCAUUACAAACUGCCAAAUAUUUCAAACAUAUUUGUUAUAAAAUGCAAUCAAAUAUAGGCAAUAGGAGUUUCUCCCAUGGUAUUAUGCUGCAAACCAUGUCUCCUACACGGAACACUUAGUGGUUAGACACAGAAUAAGGACCCUGUUGUAGGUAGAAAUCCCUAUGAAGCAAUGUUCCCAAACUUAGAUGUUAACCUCUGUGUGCCCUCCAUUCCUGCCUGAGUUGGGGUGACUCAAAAUGCCCAAACCAAAGAUGGGGAAAAUACCAGUCAAGUUACAUUGAACUAAACUCCACAUAUCACAGCUGCUGUUAUUGGGCAUCUAAGAGGUUCAGUAAUUGCAACCUUUGUCUCGGUGUAGAAGGCUCCCACAUGGGGAACAUCUAUUAUUUCUUACUGAAGGACUAUUUAUUUGAAGGCUUAAAUAGGAAAUGAUUAUUUUUGUUUGUGAACCAUUUACCAAUGG